UUCUAAUUGAUUAAUUAAUUAAUUCAUUCAUGUGUAUGUAACAAUGGCGUCCACCAAUUCUUACCUCUUCAUUUCAAUAAUCUUCUUCCUUUCUCUUACAUUUCUUGCCAAUGCAAAUAUUCACAGAAACGAUCAAAACUCCACAAUCGAAGCCAUGAUCCUCCAAGCAUGUCAUAAAAUCAAAGAUCAGGACACGUGUCUCUCUAAUAUGCACUCCCGCAUCGGCGGCGACGCCCGCCGGAACCCUAAUUCCGUCCUCCGGGCGGCGCUCCACCACGCCAUGAACCAGACGAGGGCCUCCGCCGACGCCCUCGCGGAUUUCAACACUCUGUCGAUUUCUCGCCGGGAACAGAUCGCCGUCGACGACUGUAGGGAGCUCCUCGACUUCUCCGUGUCGGAGCUCGGAUGGUCCCUCGGAGAAAUGGCGCGAAUCCGCGCCGGCCGGAAAACCCCCCGGUCGGACGGCCACCUCCGCGCCUGGCUCAGCGCCGCCGCCGGCAACCAGGACACGUGUCUCGACGGCUUCGAGGGCACCGACCGACGCCUCGAGCGGUUCGUCAGAGGAAGCCUUUCGCAGGUCACUCAGCUCAUUUCGAAUGUCCUCACGCUUUACACAGAGAUGCACGCUAUGCCGUUUAGGCCGGCGGCGCCGCCGCCGGAGAAUUUUACGGUGGAGGAAAAUGACGGUGUCUUCCCCAAUUGGAUGACUGAUGGGGAUAAGGAGCUUCUUGUUGGUAGAGACGGCGAUCGCCGGAUGCAGGUCGAUGCCGUCGUGGCGGCGGACGGGAGUGGAGACUACCGGACGGUGGCGCAGGCGGUGGCCGGAGCUCCGAGCUAUAGCAACCGGAGGUAUGUGAUUUAUGUGAAGGAGGGAGUGUACCAUGAGAAUGUGGAUAUGAAGAAGAAGAAGACUAAUAUAAUGAUGAUCGGAGAUGGAGCCGGGAAAACUGUACUUUCCGGCGACCGGAAUUUCCUGCAAGGAUGGACGACGUUCAGAACAGCAACACUCGCGGUUUCCGGCAAGGGUUUCAUCGCGAGGGACAUGACGUUCAGGAACACCGCCGGGCCGGAGAACCGCCAGGGGGUGGCGCUGCGUGUGGAUUCUGAUCAAUCGGCGUUCUACCGGUGCAGCAUGGAGGGCUACCAGGACACCCUCUACGCGCACUCCCUCCGGCAGUUCUACCGUGAGUGCUCCAUCUCCGGCACGAUCGACUUCAUCUUCGGCAACGGCGCCGCCGUGCUCCAGAACUGCCGGAUCUUCACGCGCCAGCCGCUGCCGCUGCAGAAGGUGACCAUCACAGCGCAGGGCCGGAAGGACCCUCAUCAGAGCACCGGGUUCGUGGUCCAGGACAGCUUCGUCUACGCCACCCGGCCGACCUACCUCGGCCGGCCAUGGAAGCAGUUCUCCCGGACGGUCUUCCUCAACACCUACAUGACCGCCAUGGUGCAGCCGAGGGGGUGGCUCGAGUGGAACGGAGACUUCGCGCUCUCCACGCUCUGGUACGGCGAGUACCGGAACUACGGCCCCGGCGCCGCCGUCGCCGGCAGGGUCCGGUGGCCGGGGUACCACGUCAUUAGCGACUCCGCCACCGCCGGUUUCUUCACCGUCGGAAAGUUUCUCGAUGGGAUGACGUGGCUGCCGGCCACCGGCGUCCGGUUCACCGCCGGUUUAAGGACUUAAUUAAUCAAUUAAUAAUAUAAUUAUAUUAAUUAAUUAUUGUUCUAGCGGUUGCAAGGGAAAAUCGCCUAUAUUAAAGCGGCUUCGUAAUCGUAUCAACGGCCCUAGAUUCUCUGCAUCCAAAAUGAACGGCUACGAUCACCUUCUCAAAACAAGGAAUAAUAUCAGUAACUAACU